AGAAGAACAAGAAAUUGGCUAACCCCGUCGCCGUAGCACCCAACAUAUCUCCGCCGGUGACAACCCCUAAAAUAAAUAAAAUCCCACAUUUACUCCUCUUAGAAACCAAUCCCUAAAAAUACCCGCCAAUUCUCCGUCAAUGGGGAUUCCAAACGACGACGUUGUUUUAAUCCAGUUAUCCAAAGCACCAUCCGAGCCCACCGUCGUCACCAUUAAUUGCCCCGACAAACCCGGUCUCGGCUGCGAUCUUUGCCGUACAAUUCUCGAAUUUGGUUUUUCAAUUACCCGAGCAGAUUUUUCCACGGAUGGAAGAUGGUGUUACAUUGUAUUUUGGUUGGUUCCAAACGUUUCGAAUUCGUCGAAAAUUGAUUGGGGGAGCUUGAAGAAUCGGUUAUUUUCAUUGUGUCCUUCAUGUUUGGUUCCGUUUUAUUACUUUACUAAUCAGCAAGGACAUGGAAAUGGAAAUUCAACUCAUUCUUCUUUGGUUUAUUUGUUGAAACUUUGUUGCUUGGAUCGUAAGGGAUUGCUUCAUGAUGUUACAAAGAUAUUGUCCGAGCUUGAAUUUACGAUUCAAAGAGUGAAAGUUAUGACAACGCCAGAUGGAAGAGUUGUCGACUUGUUUUUUAUCACCGAUGGAAUGGAACUUUUACAUACAAAAAAGAGGCGAGCUGAUACCAUUGAGCAUCUGAUUACUGUUUUGGGAAAGUAUUGUAUCAGCUGUGAGCUUCAGUUGGCGGGGCCCGAAUAUGAGAGUCUGAAGGCAUUGCCUUCUCUCCCUCCUGCAGUUGAAGAGGAGUUAUUUACCUAUGAGUUGGCUGACAAGGAAGCUAGCACAAAGGAACACAAAUCAGAUCUGAUGGCAUUGAAGAAGGCCACUGUUACUGUAGAUAAUAUGUUGAGCCCUGCCCAUACACUGCUUCAAAUACAAUGUGUUGAUCAGAAAGGACUCUUUUACGACAUUUUGAGGAUUUCAAAAGACUGUGAUUUGCAGAUCGCUUAUGGUAGAUUCUCUUCAAGCGUGAAAGGCUACCGUAAUAUGGAUCUUUUUGUUCGGCAAGCAGAUGGGAAAAAAAUCGUGGAUCCCAAGCACCAGAGUGUUUUAUGUUAUCGUUUAAAGGAGGAGAUGCUUCACCCAUUUCGACUGAUUAUUGUUAACCGAGGCCCUGAUACUGAACUCGUGGUUGCUAACCCCGUUGAGUUAUCUGGAAAAGGAAGGCCUCGAGUUUUCUAUGAUGUUACAUUGGCUCUUAAAAUGCUAGGGAUAUGCAUUUUUUCGGCUGAAAUUGGACGGCAUUCAACAUCAGAUCGCCAGUGGGAAGUCUACAGAUUUCUUUUGGAUGACAGCCGUGAAUUUCCUUUAGCAAGCAGUCAAGCUAGAAAUCAGAUUGUGGACAGAGUAAGAAGAAUAUUGAUGGGUUGGUGAGCUGAUCUACAUUUUGAUGGUGAGCGAUGGUUUUGCUCUCGGGGUGUGUCGUGCUGUCCAAUCACAUUGCAACAUAUCAAACAACUCCUUAUUGGAACCAAUUGAUGUAGACACUACCAUGGUGUCCUAGUUCGUUAAAUCCGGAUUCAAACUUGUUCAGAAGCAAAGAUUGGGACACCACUUUGAGUUGUGUAAGAUUGGAAUGUGAGGUAUUUGUUGCAGCCUUUGGCUUUUGGGACUCUUAAAACUGAAAUUCUAUCAUCUUUUAAUGUAUACAUAGCUUUUGCUUUUAGUCGAAAAUUCUCAAUAUAUACUUCCAAAAUACUGUGUCAAAUUCUUCUUUGUAUGAAUGCACAGCAAAAUUAUGACAUGCCUUGAAGAAAAAGUUGAGAUUAGGAUCAAAUUGCCCAAGGCUAACCUCUUUACUACAUUAGAAGAGACGAAAUCCGAGACUCGGUUCAUCAAGCAACAUCUUCCUCAAAUGAGUUCUUUCCAUUUUUCUUCUGGAAACAAUAUUUGUAUGUAUGACAAUGGUGAUGAAGCUAUUCUUAAUUUGACAUGAAUAUUGAGCUUGUAAUGAAAUUUUUGGAGCAUUCCUAAGAAGAAAGAAAGUGUUUUCCAUUGCAUUUUACAUGGUCAGA